CACACGCAUGGAUGAGCAUCUGCCAGAUUCUGCCUCCUUGUAUUCAACAUCCACAACGUCUAAUUUACAGGACUGAUUAACCAAAAAAAUAUCCAUAUACGUACAGGGUUUGGAUUGAUUGAUUCAGAUGAUUAGUUUCUUUCGGUGAUCACGAUCAAGUUUUACAUCGUGCGCAUUCAUGGAGACCCAGACUUCAUAUCUACGUCUCCUAGCUGCUGGCUCCAACGCUCGCGGUCAGCUAGCCAACGGUUCUGAUUACGAUUCACAUACUUUCACAGAGUGCCACUUCAUAAACUGCACACAGGGUACGCUUCCUCACAAUACGCUCGGCAUCUUGCAGCUUGCGACUGGAGCAAACCACACUCUCGCAUUGUUGGAGUUUGGUGACGGCCGAAGGGAGCUUUGGGGGUGUGGAGAUGGACGUAAAGGGCAGCUGGGUCCUGAAUACAUGGGACAGUUGACAGAAUUCACGCCGAUCAGCAUACCCUUGUACCAAACUUAUGCUUCCCAAGGAUAUACCUGUUGUCUCAUCGCUGCCGCUUGGGAGACUUCAUAUCUUGUUUUGAAAUCUCCUUCCCGAUCAAACGUGGUCAUCUCGAUGGGUUCGAAUGACUUUGGGGCACUCGGUGUGGGCACAAAACAAGCUACAGCAACUCCGGCGGUUGUUUCGUUUGAUCACCUCACUAUCGAGGGACAUUCUACCAAUCCCGAUGAGCUCGUUGUCGAGUCCAUUGCUGCAGGACCUCGUCAUGUCAUACUUCAUGUGCGAGCCGGUUUCAAUAAUGAAGAUACGCUCAUCGGCUGGGGUUUGGCCAGACAUGGCCAACUAGGGGACACGAAGAUCGUAAACUAUGACCGCCCUUACAUCAUUUCCCUUGAUGUAUCUUCAGAUCCGGUGCAAACAUGUUCUCUCGGUCUCCAACAUACCAUCAUCUGCCACCAAUCGGGGCGGACAACAGCCUUUGGAUCUAACAAGAAAGGACAACUCCAUAGGAUGGAUUCUUGGGGGCGUGUUCGACAAGUUGGAUGCACGUGGAAUGGGACAUAUCUUCUCAGAGACGAUGAUGAAAAUACUCUUAUAUCAACGGGAAGUAAUGCCCAUGGUCAAUUAGGUCGGGAGUCGCAAGUCGAGGAAAAUGGGGUUACCGUCGGGCCUGUCGAAUUUACCUUAUCUCACGAUGGCAAAUUGCCUUCACUGAGAUCCCUUGCUUGUGGCAGCGAACAUGUGAUGGCAGUGAUCUCUCCAUCUGGCUCAUCAGACAUGGAAGUUUGGGGUUGGGGGUGGAACGAGCACGGUAACUUGGGGCUGGACCAUAUGGAUGAUGUGUUGAAGCCCAUCAAGAUCUGGCCAGCAAGGGGACACGCGCUGGAGGGAAGAAUUGCUCGAGUGUGGGCUGGAAAUGGGACUAGUUGGAUAUUGUUACAAAUAUAACAAUGAAGCUUUUGAAGUGCGA